GGAGCCGAAAAAAGCAAAAUGCUCGGCUGUCUGCGCAUACAUGUUACUUGAGCGCAGCGAGUGCCGCAUUAAGUCAGUUUGGCUCGUUGUGCCAGAGCAGCAACAAGUGUCCCCCGCUAUAUCUGAAUCUGAAUCCAAAUCCGAAACAUAAGCUGUAGCUGCUGCUGAAACUGAAGCGCAACAAGUGCUAUCCAGAGAAGAGUGCACUGGAGGGAGGCUGAGAGAUAAAUUCAAAUUAGGUCGGCAAUUUCAUCAAAUCAACAACAGUUGGGUCCAAGGAAACGGAGCGCAAUAAAUUAAUUAAGACGGAGAUAAAAUUGCAACUGCAUUUAGUUGCCAAGAGUGUUAGCGGGCAAAAGUGAAAGCGACUACAAACACAGGUGACAGAAUGCUGCUCAAAGGUGCACAGCUGCUGCGAUGCGGUUUGAUCUCCCCACCACGGAGUUACAACUUCCGCCUGACCUGCCGCUUCCUCUCCGUUCAGUAUGGAGAUGCCAAAGUCCUUACCCCUGCAGUCAAGCAGUAUGUGGAGAAGUGUGUGGAUCUCUGCCAACCGGACAAGGUGCACAUCUGCGAUGGAACCGAAAGCGAGAGCAAGUUGCUCCAGGGACUCAUGUUGAAAAAAGGAACCAUCAUUCCCUUACCCAAAUACGACAACUGCUGGCUGGCGAGAACCAAUCCAGCGGAUGUGGCACGUGUGGAGGGCAAGACUUUCAUCUCCACCGAUAACAAAGAGCAGACAGUCCCGGUGACGGAAAAGGCCACUCCCGGAAUGCUCGGCAAUUGGAUGGCGGAGAAGGACCUGCAGACGGCGAUUCAAGAGCGAUUCCCUGGCUGCAUGAAGGGACGCACCAUGUACGUCAUUCCCUUCAGCAUGGGUCCAGUGGGUUCACCUCUUUCCAAAGUCGGCAUCGAGGUCACAGACUCUCCUUAUGUUGUGGAGUCCAUGAAGAUUAUGACUCGGGCUGGCAAUCCAGUUCUGGAACACCUGCAAAGCGGGGAUGGUCAGUUUGUUAAGUGUCUGCACUCGGUGGGUACGCCCAAAAGUGGUGUCCAGGCCAUGCCUUCCUGGCCAUGCGAUCCCGAGCGCACCAUUGUCCUGCACAAGCCAGCUGAGAAUGAGAUUGUGUCCUAUGGAUCUGGCUAUGGUGGAAACUCACUGCUGGGCAAGAAGUGUCUUGCUCUCAGGAUUGGAAGUACCAUUGCCAAGAGGGAGGGCUGGUUGGCCGAGCACAUGUUGAUCCUGGGCAUCACCAAUCCGCAGGGUAAGAAGAUCUACAUAGCUGCGGCUUUUCCCUCAGCUUGUGGCAAGACCAAUCUGGCCAUGAUGACACCAACAUUGCCUGGGUACAAAGUGGAGUGUGUUGGGGAUGACAUCGCCUGGAUGAAGUUCGACAAGAAAGGAGUUCUGCGGGCAAUUAACCCGGAGAACGGGUUCUUUGGCGUGGCACCUGGAACCUCAAGGGCCACCAAUCCCAUAGCCAUGGAUACAAUCUUUAAGAACUCAGUUUUCACCAACGUGGCAUCGACAUCAGAUGGUGGGGUUUACUGGGAGGGAAUGGAGAAGGAUCAACUGAAGGGAGUGACAGUCACAGACUGGUUGGGUAAACUUUGGUCACAGGAGUCGGGAAAGCCGGCUGCUCAUCCCAACUCCCGUUUCUGCACUCCAGCCUCUCAGUGCCCCAUCAUUGAUCCCGCUUGGGAGGACAGUGAGGGAGUACCCAUUUCCGCCAUUCUCUUUGGAGGUCGUCGUCCUAGUGGAGUUCCUUUGGUCUACGAGGCUCGUGACUGGAAGCACGGAGUAUUUAUUGGAGCUGCCAUGAGGAGUGAGGCAACUGCAGCUGCGGAAUUCAAAGGCAAGGUGAUCAUGCACGAUCCCUUCGCAAUGAGACCCUUCUUUGGCUACAACUUUGGCGAUUACCUGGGUCACUGGCUGAGCAUGGAGCAGCGAGGCCAAGUGCCCAAGAUCUUCCACGUCAACUGGUUCCGCAAGAGCAGCGAGGGCAAAUUCCUGUGGCCUGGAUUCGGAGACAACUCUCGAGUUCUGGACUGGAUUUUCCGCAGGGUGGAGGGUGAGAAUUGCUUUGAGGACUCUCCCAUUGGUCGACUGCCCACCAAGGAUUCCCUAAACUUGGAGAGUUUAAAGGAAAACAUUGAUCUCGAACAGCUAUUCGAUCUGCCAAAGGACUUCUGGGAGCAGGAGGUGAGUGCCAUCGAGAAGUACUUUGAGGAGCAGGUUGGUCACCAUCUACCAAGUGCCGUUGCCGACCAGCUGAGGGAGCUGAAGGCGCGUGUGGCCGACAUGUGAUGUGUUUGUUCCAUAGGUUACUCCCUAAUCUAAGACCCCCUUAUUGCCUAAAAUAAAACCAAACGAACGAGAUUUUUAUAUAGCGAAA